AGAAAGUAUAACAUCAUCCCUUCGCCCUCAAAAAGCAGUCCUUGAACAUGUAAUUUAACAGAUUAAUGGCAGCUGGCUUCCUCGGAUCGUUUCUGUGAUUAUCUGUCUCUUUAUCGAUAUACCUGCCGCAACUUAAAUCCCUCUCUCUUUCACAGACCAUUUAUUUAUUCUUCUCUCACCAAAGUCAGCACAAUAUACUGGAAAUUCCACGAACUUGAGCCUUGUGCUUUGUUUUCUAUCGAUACAAUAUCCAGAAACCGACCGCUGGGACUUGGAGCCGUCGGGCAUCCCAAAUUAUCGAUCCAUCCAUAAUCUGCAAACAGUAGGGCUGUGUGCGAACCGUCCCUCCGUUACUACGACUGCUACCAACAUGAACUUUCCAAGACAUGAUAUGCCAGGCAUGGAUACGGGCGGCGACUCAUCCGGCUCCUCGUCAUCCUCCCACGGGUCAAGCAUCAUGACCAUGGUCUUCCAAACCGAAACCCGCACGCCGCUCUACGCCAACUCGUGGACACCAAAUAACGCAGGUUCCUACGCAGGAACAUGUAUUUUCCUCGCUGUGCUUGCCAUUAUUGCGCGGGCCCUUGUCGCUUUCAAAGCUGUCCAGGAAGCUCGCUGGCUUGAUCGCGAAGCUGCACGCCGUUACGUGGCUGUCAAUGGCAAGAUCCCCUUGUCGGAGCAGAUAGCUUCUAGCCCCGACGCGCGCCGCAUGACCCUCUCGGAGAACGGUCUCGAGGAAACCGUCGUCGUUGUGGAAAGGAAACGAGCAGCGACGAGGCCGUGGAGGUUCAGUGUUGAUCCGGUUCGGGCAUGUCUUGAUACCAUGAUCGUCGGGAUUGGAUAUCUCCUCAUGCUGGCCGUUAUGACGAUGAAUGUCGGCUACUUCCUCUCCGUCCUGGCUGGUGUCUUUGUUGGCAGCCUAGCAGUCGGUCGAUACAUACCAACAGUCGAGCAUUAGAGACAUACUCAGAGCUUCGGCAGCAAAUGAUAUUAGAUGAAGUCGGGAGCGCCACUAGGCGGUAAUUCUCGCAAUGGAAUGGGCGGCGUUCAGGUUUUCGAUCGAAAUCAGCAUGACACGAGCACGCGACCAAGUUUAUAUGACAGCAUUCAAUAAAGGUCACCAGGUGUUUCCGUCUCUCGUUUAUAUUGAUGUUCUUCUCUAUGCUUUCAGUCGCCUGCGUUAGUACUCCAGUUGUCGCCUGGGUGUAAAGUCGCAUGUCACUUUUGUACCAGUACGUCAGCGGGGUAUGAAAGCCGAAAACCUUCUCAAAUCUGCUCACCAUCAACAAACACGACCAUGACAAAGCGGUACUAGGGGCGCAUGAUCACUUCUAACAUAAAUCAAGGUGCCAAAAAUAUUUAGUCCAAGGCCUACUAAGUCUACACUAAGUUUACCUAAGACUUUUAUCACUUAGGAUAGAGGUCCCAAGUUUUGUUGCCUCCCCUUGCAUAACUACCUAUUCAUAGGAAGAGAAUACUCUCGUACAUACACGGGAGUUUCACGAGGGGCAGAUGCACAUUGUGAACUACUCCCGCAACUACCGGAAUGGCUAAUUACAUCGCGUCCAAGACUAAUUCGCUGUACCCAAACAUCAUGAUUGAUGUCCCAGAGGUCCGAGAAAUCCAAAUCGGCACAUCAUACGCGAACUUAGGAACUGCGCGGCUUGCAGUAUCGCUGGCCAUCCAGAUUUACCGAGAGGGAGGCAAGCAUCUUAAAUGCCCCCCAGGGAGUCAUAAAACCUCAGACUGUGGAGGAGGUUGCCAAAAUAAACCCAUUAAAGAGAGUUAAGAGAUCCCCAAGUUUAGAUUAACUUACCUAAAUCUUACCUAAAUAUUUUUAUUAUCCAGAAUUUAGGUCUCGGAUUUUAUUGCCUCCCCUAGAUAAUAAAGAUGCAGAUGAACUUCAACGUGGCCAAGUCGUCAAGGUUAGACGUGG